UUUCCGUUGGGUUCGGAACUUCAGAGUUCAGAUUCCUGUUUUUCGAGAUUCCAGGCCCUGAGGUUGGUUUGUUUUUAACCUCUUCUCAGUCGUUUCUCUCUCCGUUUCGACUUUACUUCGAUUUUAGCUCUGAAUCUGCUAAUGUCUUUGUCCUUUACUAAGUUUACCACGCCGAGGUUGGUCGCCGCUUUCACUGAAGAUUUGUUCUUCGUUUCAGGGGCGGGUUCGUGAAAGUUGAAUUGUUCUUUCAACAGAAGCUUUCGGUGGCUGUUUCAUGCAAAGAUUCAAGCGUUAUUGAGAAUAGAAGGCGCAUUUAAGGGAGUCGAAUUUCGGACUGCCUCUAGUUCUUAAUUCAAAGCAUAAGGGAUUGACAAAUGGCUAAAGAAGUCCCUGCUACUCCAUCAACAUCUUUUGAUUUUGUGGUCUUGGGGGAUGAUCAUCUGAACCUAAGAACUGUCAGAGGUGCAUCCAGCCACGCAAGUCCAUGGAUUGAACCUGAGAGGUUGAAACUUAGGCACAGAAUUGGCCGGGGACCAUUCGGUGACCUUUGGUUGGCAACUCAUCAUCAGUCCACUGAAGAUUAUGACGAGCAUCAUGAAGUUGCUGCUAAGAUGUUGUAUCCAAUCAAAGAGGCCAACUUGAAGAUUGUAUUAGAGAAAUUUGACGAAUUAUAUCAUAAGUGCCAAGGAGUGGCUGCAGCUUGCGGGCUACAUGGAAUUUCAAUUGUAAACGGAAGGAUAUGCAUCAUUAUGAAUUUCUACGAGGGUUCUGUUGGUGACAAAAUGGCUAGGCUUAGAGAAGGAAGGAUUUCAUUUCAUGAUGCGUUGAGGUAUGGAAUCAAUCUGGCCAAAGGUAUUCUGGAACUUCAUUCAAAAGGAAUCCUAAUUCUCAACCUUAAACCCUUUAAUGUGCUUCUCGAUAAUAAUGACCAAGCUAUUUUGGGAGAUUUUGGUAUUCCUAGUCUUCUGCUUGGCCUCUCAUUCCCAAACUCAGAUAUGGCUCACAGGCUGGGGACUCCAAAUUACAUGGCGCCAGAACAAUGGCAACCUGAAGUCAGAGGCCCUAUAUCCUUUGAGACAGAUUCGUGGGGAUUUGGGUGUACCAUUGUGGAAAUGUUGACUAGUAAUCAACCUUGGCAUGGAAGAUCGGUGGGUGAAAUAUACCAAUUAGUUGUUAGAAAACAUGAAAAACCUCUUAUUCCUAGUGGCCUUCCUUCUUCAAUUGAGAAUAUCCUCAGCGGAUGUUUUGAGUAUGAUUUAAGGAAUCGCCCCUCAAUGAUGGACAUUCUGAACGUAUUUAAAAGUUCUCUGGAUGCAUUAGCCAAUGAUGGAGGAUGGCAAUAUCUUGGAACCAUGACGGUUGCUGAAAAAUCAAGCAGCACAGGCCAUACAGAUUGGUUUCUUUCAAAGGAUCGUCUCCAGGUGAAUGACGUGGUAAGAUCUAGAAAACCAACCAAUUCAUGCAAACAUCAAAACAUGGAUGUCCCGGAAGGAACUGUUGUUGGUUUAGAACGUAGUGCAGAUCAUGGUUUUGUUUUAGUGAGGAUCCACGGUAUUCAUGACCCUCUAAGGAUUCAUAUUUCAACUCUGGAGCGUGUCACAUCUGGUUUGGCAGCUGGUGAUUGGGUACGCUUGAAGGAAGAAGAUGAGAAGCACUCACCAGUGGGCAUUCUGCAUUCCAUUAGCCGUGAUGGUAGAGUGGCUGUUGGAUUUAUUGGACUGGAAACUCUUUGGAGAGGUAAUUCUUCAGAACUUGAAAUGGCAGAGCCGUACUGUGUGGGGCAGUUUGUAAGGCUUAAAGUCAAUGUCUUGAGUCCUCGAUUUGAAUGGCCUCGUAAAAGGGGCCGGGCCUGGGCUACUGGAAGGAUAUCUUGGAUCCUACCAAAUGGGUGUCUAGUUGUCAAAUUCCCAGGGAUGUUGACUUUUGGGGAUGAAGCGAGCACCUUCUUAGCUGACUCAUCUGAGGUUGAAGCGGUUAACUUUAGCACUUGCCCUGGGAUCAUAGGGAAGUAUAAACAUGUAGAGGAUUAUCACUGGAUAGUUAGACCUGCCCUAAUUGCAUUUGGCCUGUUUACAGCUUUGAAAUUGGGCUUGUCAAUUGGAAAGAAAAUGGCAAAGAACAAGGUGCAUGCAAAAGAUAGAGAAAAUCAGCACGUAGAUGGCCAGAAUGCUAGCAACUCUGCAUGGAGACCUCCUGGUGCUGUAAAUGCUGGCAACACAGUAUGGGUUCCUUCAGUUGCCAAUAUUCUUUUCAAAGAAAGUGCUAAUGCACCCACUGGUCGGUAGUGUCACCGCUCUGAUGUCAUCACAGCCAAAUAAUUUAUGGAUGUACAGGUUACUAUUAACUGGUUUCUGCACUGGUGAAGGAAAUCUAUCAACUGUUCUGCUAUCCUGCAAUUUGUCGAUACAUCACAACGAAACAAUGUAACAUAAAUGCAGACUGGUACCACCGUGAAUGCAGAAUUUGUAAAUGUGCUUCCUUGCCAUUAGCUUACGUUGUUCAUGCUUCUUUUGCACCCAAAAUGUUUUGCAUAUGACUGGACCAUUUCAGGAAUUAUUGGAGUGCUUAUUGCGAGUGGUUUGUCUUCUCUUGUCUUUAAGAUGAGAAACUCUAAUUUCUAGUUAGACUUAGCGUAACCUUAAUCCAUGUUUUGGUGUUCCUGAAUC